CUCCAUUCACAUAUUCAUCUGCAUGCAGCGUCACAGAGAGACAGGGGAAGUGAGUGAGAGCCUCUCAUUCAUAAAAAAAAGGAGAGAGAGCGAGAGAGAGAAAGUUCAUUCAUAAAAAAUCUGCACAGUUCUGCUGCGUGUCAGAAAGUUGAUGUGGAGGUGAAGCAGCAGUGGAAGCCUGGAGACUGACAGAGAGUGUGUGUGUGUGUGUCGGGAGGAUGGGACUGCACUCAGUGUGAGUACAGCGGAGCAGACUGGACUUCAGACUGCACAGGACACCGCAACGGUUUUUCUUUUUUACUUUGUCCCAGUGCUCUUCUCUGUCCAAUUCCCAGAUUAUGAGAGAGCGAACCUUACCCAGGAUCAAAUCACAGACAGGACUCUUACCAGGCAUGCUGAAGCGCAGCAAGUACAGCCGUCUGCGCAACGAUUCCCUGACGUCCCUGGAGGAUCGGCCCCUGAAGAGGGACCUUUGCUUGGACUCUGAUUUCGCCCAGCUGGAUCCAGGGGCGCCUACCCACCAUGGGCCCUCCACCCUGAGGGACUUCAUCCCCCGCAUGGCCAACAUCCGAUUGCAAAGUCCAGUUUCCCUGCGGGCCCUGAGGGGACAGACAGCUGGACCCACUGACAGACCCUUGUCCACGACAGAGUGGGGCUCGGGGCCCGAUCAGAGAUUUUGUAGCCAACCUUCCCUCAAUGUCCCCCUAUCCACUGGACCCUCGGCUCUGAGCUGCACAAGAAGACCCAUCACCCUGCACCGGAUGGCUAGCCUCCCCAGCUGUCCUACCUGCUCGCAACACAGAGACGGUUUGUGCUGUUUGAAGACUUCCUCUGCAGCGAACAGAGCGGUCCACCAUCACAUCAAGUACAUGGGGAGUGUUGAGGUGACCCAGUCCAUGAGAACUCUCGACUUUGACACGAGAAUGCAAGUCACACGAGAGGCAAUCAGCAGGCUGUGUGAGAGGACAUCAGCCAAGACAGCAGUGAAAAGUAAAAGGCCUGUUUGUAAGUCGCCGUCUGCUGUUCUGGGUCAAAUCAACCUCCAGUUCUCUGGAAGGAGGAUCAUCCUGGCUGUCUCCACCGACAGUAUGACUCUGAUUGCGGCAUCCUCCUUACAGAAGAUCGCCCAUCACCCCAUGCAGGCCAUUUCAUUUGCCUCAGGAGGAGACCCGGACAUGACAGAUUACAUCGCCUAUGUUGCCAAAGAUCUGUUCAAUCAGAGAGCGUGUCACAUCCUGGAGUGUCCUCAGGGUCGAGCCGGUGAGGUCAUCAACAGCAUCGGUCACGCCUUCGAGACUCGUUUCCGCCAACUUCUCAACCACACGCCAUCGCUGCUCUGCGACAAUCCCAGAUCAGCAGUCAGACUCUGUCACAAAUGGAGCCCAGAGAAGACAACAACAGACCAAAAGGCUGAGCAGAAGGGUGAAGUCAGGGAGCAUCGUGACUACUAUAAUAUGAUCCCAGGAAAGAUGCCACCUGCUGGUGGAACAGAGGACCUGCGGACCACAAGGGCAGAGGACAGUGUUGACCUCCAGCAGGUUUGUUCUUCUCAGCCUGUGUCACUGUAUGAGAACUGCUCCAUCACAGAAGAGACUACAGCGCCACCUGCAGACUCAGUUGAGUGUGAGGUCAGAACUCAGCAGAGUGCUCCUCUCUCUGAGAUCCAGGACCUGAUCCAGGAAGAGGGCUGGUUUCAUGGCAGGUUAGGAAGACAGCAAGCGGAGUCACUCCUCACCUGUAAUGGGGAUUUCCUGGUCAGAGAGAGCAGCUCUGCCUCUGGUCAGUAUGUCCUCAGCGGUAUGGAGGGAGCCACCGUGCGUCACAUGCUGCUGGUUGAUCCACAUGGACAGGUGCGGACCCGUGAUCAGGUGUUCCUGAGCGUUGGUCACCUGGUGCGUUUCCACAUGGAGAACCAGAUGCCCAUCGUGUCGGGAAGCAGCGAGCUGUGUCUGAAACAGCCAGUCCUGCAAAGACACUAACACACACAUCCACAUGCAGACUGUAACAUGUAUAUUAAGCCUUCAGCAGCGGUUCUCAACAUAUAUUUUUGGAGCUGAGGCUCAAUGUACACAAGCAAGAAUGUAACUUAGUACAUUUGGUAGGAUUUAUGAAAUGAAUAGCUAGUUAAGAAACCAUCUCAGUUUAAUACAUUCGCUUCUAUAUGACCUACAUUAGCAAAUGAGAGCAAGAACACUGGCUAUUUCUAUAUAAUUUCCCUGUCACCCAUUCAUCUUCUGACCUAAUCAGGCUGGAUAGGUUAUAAAAAUGAAAGCUAUUGUUCAUGGUCGAGUGCUCAGAGUGAAUUAAGGAGUCUCACAGCCUGAGGAAAGAAGCUACUCUGUAGUCUGGCGGUACAGCACCAAAACAAAGAUGACUUGUUUUUUUUGUCCACAGGGGGCGCCAAAAUGAACAAAACAUAAAAGUCCCAUGUAGCAGCUUUAAGUACACAUGCAAGGUGCUUGUUUGUUUCCAUUUUAUGCAGAUUUAUACGUUUACUUUACUUUUAGAGACAAAUAUUGUACUUUUUGAAUAAAGCCCUUAAAAACCCUCAGUGUAUAAAGUAGAGCUCAACCUUAAACAUCUGCAGCAGUAAAAUGUAACAUACACAUUAAUGCACCAGUGAUAAUAAUCAAAGAACAGCAGAUAUAAUAAUAAAACACUGACAGGGAACAUCCUACUGCAUAGUGAGCACUUCUUUUCCUUGAAUUCUUACUUGUAGUGGAGUAUCUUCACCGUGUGGAUCUGAAUACUUCUUCCACCACGACCCUCAGCGCCUUUAGCAAGAAUGUUUCCUGAUUAAAGUAAUCAAAUUACAUAUAAUGUGUGUACAUGUGCAGUGACUUGUUUACUAAUAUUUUUCUCCCAACAUUUGACUAAACAACAAACAACACUUGUGCACGUUGAGCCUCGCCCUGUAUUGAGAACAGCUGCUGGUCUGCAGAACAUCCUGUCUCUGUCUCUCAGGCUGAAUUUGCUGGUGUUUACUCAAAGUUUAAGCACAAUCACUGGUGUCGGGAGGAAAUUACCAGAAUGUUGGCAGACCUUCAGAAUCAUUUUUUUAUAGGCUAAAUUUGUCUUGUGUUCAUUCAUUUUGAUUUGUUAUUGUUCUGUGUCCCUGUUUCCCAUGCUCGACUUUUGAAAAGAACUUUUCAGCGCGCUUGUUUGAUACAUUAUGAGUGUUGAAUUCAGCUGCACUUUGUAACCAGUUCAGUCUCAGAUUAGCUGUCAAAUAUGCAAAUAGCAUCUGUCUUUGGUCCCCAUUAAGUGUAAUCAAAUACAU